GAAAUCCAAGCAUCUGAUUGGAUCGUGUAAGUUGCGCACGAGUAGCCGACUAUACGUCCAUGACGUCACGUCAGUCCGUCCAAUGCAAGCGCUUGGAUCUCAGUAAUAACCCUAUGUGCGUGGUGUACGCCGAAGCGUGCUACUCGUAUUCGGGUGUACAAACGCGAGAGAAGUGAUACAAUAUCGGUCUGUGAAAGAUGUUACCCGACAAAGACAUGCCAGUCAAAACUUUCGUUCGAUAGGUUGUUUUUUAUAUAUUAAAGAACACGUAUACUCUACGAGCAAAUGUAUUCGAAGAAUUGUCGUGUUAAGAAAAAGAUAGACUGUACAUCCGCCGUACCUGACAGUCCACGCGGCCCGGCCCCAAAACACUUUCGCCUCGCUAUAUACACGAGAAAUCGCAUCGUGUUUCAUUCACAACGCGAGCGCCACUGGCAAUGUCGGGAAGUGACAGCCCAACAUUCUUUCACGGCCAGCCCUGGUCCAGCUGGAUCGAAAGAAUCGGACGAGACAAGCCGUUGAGUAAGUGCGCUGAAUCUCAUCGAAAUGUUCGUUCGUUUGCUGUCGCUGCUUUAAAACUGCGACAACGACAAGCGUCUAGCUCGUGUACCUAACCUCAACUUCGAUGCUCCUUUGUCCGUCGACUUGACGCAGGGCAUCAUUAGGGCCCAUCACAUGCAUUUAUUUAAAACGGUUGUCAACAAUUGUCCAGUGCGCUUCAUGGUUGAUAUUUUUUCGCAACAUCACGCGUAUUUUAACGGCUCUUUCCACUGACAAUUAUGUAAUUUGUAGCGAAACUGACUGUGAAAUACGGAGCGUCGAAACUUUAGCUUUAGAGCAUAUAGUAUAUUGGCAUGGAUCAUGAAAAUUUCGCGAAACGAUCUUAAUCGAAUCGUAUUCGAUAGAUCUUGUUCGAACGAUAUAUUGUACACUUGUAUUUUUAUAUUUAUGCUCUCUCUCUCUUAUAAGAUUUUUUGUUGAAAGAAUUAUGCAUGUAUGAAAUAUAUACAUAAUAAAAGUUGUUUACCCAGAAGUUUGUGUUUUUUAUUUCACAUUUCUGCUUAGAAACUGAUGGAAAUGAAUGAAAAAAGAUCUUUUAAGGACAAGAUUCAAUAGACAUGAAGCUAACAAUAUUUUUUGAUUUGUUGUAAUCUUUCUUAACAUGGUAAUUAUAAUUAUAAUAUAAUGAUCUUGAAUUUUAUACUUAAGUAUAAGAAUAAUUAUUUUAUAUUUUCUCUUGAAAUAUUUAUCUUCAUUAUAUAUUAAUCGUACAUAAUGAUUUGCUAUUGAAAUGUCCUUGUAGCCUAUACUUGCUUUAUUAUAUAUUUCAUAAAAAUACUUGAUUUGUUUCAGGCGAUGAAGAACCAGAUGCUCAACUCUCUAGCUCAGUUACACGGCUCUCAGCAGAAGAUAUUGAUUUAUAUGGAUUUUGUCCCGAAAGAGAUACUUUUUACACGGUAGUGUGUGAAACCUGCCAUGCAAUAGUCAAACCACAGGCUCUUAUUCAACAUAUGGAAAGUCGCCAUCCUUCCGGCACGGUCAAUUUUCCACCUCCUUCUACCCCAAUUGUAAAAACUCCUUUGAAGACACCUUAUUGCAAAGUGUCGAAAUUGAAAAAGACGCAGUCAUCGCCGCAGAUCUCGAGUAGCGGGAGCAAUAAGAUCAAUCACGCGAAUGUGAAACGGAACACGGAACAACCUACUAUCUCAACGAGCUUGUCAUCUACGUCAAUAUCGGUCCCCUCGUCGCCUCGAUCACCCCUUGAGUCAUUACCAUCGUCUGUUCAGACAUCGAACUCCGGCUCAGGAUCGGUGAUCGCUUCGAGCCCAGUGAAAAGUCCGGGUACGGCGNNGGGUCAACCUCGCCGGAAGAGACUCAAAACUGACCGAUCGUUGCUCAAGGAUCGGGAAUACGAUCCGGACAGGCAUUGCGGAGUGUGGAACGAGGAAACCGGCAAACCUUGCACCAGGUCGCUCACGUGCAAAGCGCACACGGUCUCGUUGCGCCGGACGGUCGUCGGUCGGAGUAAAACUUUUGACAAACUCCUCGCGGAGCAUCGUGCCUCAAAAGAUGUCCCGAACAGGCCGACAAAAGUGACCGUGACCGGUACGGUGACCGUAUCUUCCGCGACUUCGAGCUUGAACCCCUUAACACCUACCACUCCCACCUUGACCAUCGAAACGGAAGCACCCAGCUCGCCACCCGUUCUAUCGCUGCCAGACACGUAUCCACUGCCAAAGGCUGUUGAUUUGCUUUAUCGGUGUCUGGCCCCGCAUGGCUCCACUAAACCUACCAAGCUCGAAGAGGACUUCGCCAACGAGGAGCUGAGGAGCCUGGAGUCGACGCUAGUGAAUUCGACCGGUUCGUCGCAAUCGAGCUCGAUGAUGGCCCCUAUAUCCGUGGUGUUGCCAUCUCUAUCACCGUUGCCGGCUAAUAACGAGGAAUCGUCGUCGGUCGCCACGCUGAUACCGAGCACAGCGUCCCCAGCUAUACCUGUGCCAGCAACACUGCCAGCCACGUGUACGCAACCGUCGUUGGUCACGACGGUCCUCGAGGCUGAGACACCGAUGGACAUCGACCAGGAAGCGGCGAUGACCAUCUAUUCCCCCGUUUACAAGGAUAAAUCGAAGUUACUGGUCGAGCUACCACGUUCGAACAAUAUCGCCCAUUCUCCUAUAUCGUCUAUGCCCAGUUUGCUGUUCGAACCGAUGGACCAGCUCGAGCAACUGGAACAAUUGGAGCAGCAACACGCGACACAGAUCAACGGAAAGAGACUGAACCACGCGACUCGUGCGAGUCCCGUUACGCAACGACAGUCGAAGAGGAUCAAACACGAGUACCAUCAACAGGACUUGUCCACUGCGAUACAGGUCGAGGCUACGACAACCUCCUCUCCCUAUCCUCAUUUCGGGGACAUAUCUUGGUCGAACUGUCACCCGGAGCCAUUGGCUGUUAGCCGAUGGCUUCGUAUUUCGUCCACCCGUAAGCAGUAUAACUUUAAUAUUCACUGACAUAAGACCCCACCCACUCCAGGCUGAGGACCGUGCGCCAUGGGCGUUUGUCUACCUCCUAUUUUUUUCGAGAUCCUUUUUUUCAUGGUCGUCCUCGUCGCCGUCGUUGAUGGUCUAAAGGUCUGAAGCCUGUCGAGAAUGGGACAAAGUCUUGAUGUUCGGUGAAGCCUCGAUGUGAUGAGCAUGCGCACGGUGGGAACAACGUACGCGAGCAAUUUCGCAUACGUGGAAAAACAAGAUGGGUACGAUGUUUUGCAUGCUUAUUCUGUCUACCGGAACGAGUAAUCUCGGCCAGGAAUGCGAUAACAACAACAAUGAUCCUUUCUUUUUGUACCGCGCGUCGUCUAUAUUCUGCCAACCGAUGAUCGUUUUCUUAGAAAGAAUCACCACCAUCGUCAGACGUUCGUAGGCAUGUUAAUCGCAUUAUUGGAUCGCUCACUUUAGAGGAUAUACGCGU